GGAAAGAAAUAACGAAUCGAAUCCAGUUAACGGAGAAACUUUAUAAUAACUUUUAGACAUCUGCCAGACGACUUGUUCAACUCGUUCGAAAUUCUCGCAGCUACGGAGGCUUGUUUGCGCGCGUUUCUUCCGGGCUGUAGACUAGGAUUCGUUAAUUCGGAAAAGCUUUUCAGUCCUUUGAAAAGAUUGCAACUCGUGGAAGGCGGGAUCAGAAACAAAAUAUGUGAGAACUAAAAGUGUGAAAGUGAAUUGGGUAAGCGAGACGUUAACAUGCACGUUAAUAGCAGAUGAAACCCCGCUCGAAAGCAAGGAGGAUACCGACAAAAAACGCCGGAGAAUUUUCAAUCGAUAGCUGGGAUUAGUGUUAAAAUUUGAUUUAGGACUUUGAUUAUCUCGAGAUUUGUUUCGAGAUCAUUAGAGCGAAUAGAUUGCACACAGGUAACCCGAGGAGCAAGAGGGUGCAAAAAAGAGGGGAUUAGCCGAAAUAUUCGAAGGAAAAACGGUCAAACAAAGACCGCUGUAUCGAAGUUGGUUGGAGACGUAGACGGGGAAUAUCGGCGGAUUUGAUUUGCAAAUUGUUGUUAUCCGGGGCGUGCGAGAAUUUCGAGCGUCAGCAUCGCCGGUCAGAAGAUCAGCUUGCGAAGGAAGUACAUCGAGAUUAUUCGUCCGGACAAAAGAAUCACGGUUUCACAAUGGAGAUCAGGCAGAACCUACCGAUAUCGGCUCCACUAUGACCUUAGCCAAACGCAAACCAAUACACCGGGAUUCUCUGGUUCGGUGCAUUUGUAACGAGGUCCCCGAGGAACGAUCGCGUUCAAUCGCACUCUCAGCAAACGGCCGUCGCGCGCGCGGAUAGAUUUCAAGGUGUUCGCUGCGAACGUUGACGUAAUCGGCAACCUGUUCUCGUUCUCAAUGACCCUGGCCGGGGUCAGAUAGAUUCGAACGGAGCCUCCUCGGAUCUCCCGUGUACAGUUCGUCAGCGGCGACGCAUCGCGAUCACGAUCACGAUCACGACUUCCGUUGGCCGUAACGCGGACCGGCUAACCAUUUAAUGAAUCCUGCCGGUUUAAAAGGCGACGUUCGCACGUUACUAUUUAUAGAUAUCUCGAUGGAAAAGAGAUGCUGCCGCGAAUCACGAUAGCGGCGAACAAUUUGCGCGCGUGACAGCGACACGCAUCCGGUAGCCAGAAGGUGGUAACAGGCUCGCACGACAUUUCCGUCUCACUUUUUAAUUAGCCGCUCCAUCAAGAUAGCCGUAGUAGUAGUUUGGGGAUCUUUCAAUUUCCUCUGGAUCUAUGGACGAUCACCGUGACCACACGAUCGGAGCUCGGGACACGAGAAACACGGAUCUCCGAGCUUCUCGGAGUUGUUUUUACCACAUUGCUUUAUCCGACUUCGUAAGCCUGAACACGCUCAUCAAAGAUGUGGAUUCAGCGGGGAAGAGAGCGUGCGCAAUUUUCACGGUGCGAACCGUAAACGGGAAACGCGACGCCUGUUCUCGUCGCGUCGGCGAGCGAAAACGUUCGAAGCUUCCGUGACCUGUCGUUGACCCAGUUAGGGUUGCCAUUUCCAGUGCACGCACAGCGUGCUUCGCCGCGUUUAUUCCGCACACUCGAAGGCCGAUUCCAAGAUAAUUGGAAAGUGGCUGACCCGGCGCGUCUCUUGGAAUCGCGGUGACCGGUAAAAAGUCUCUAAACCAGGACCGCUUAGGAAAACCCUCGUGCGUUGUAUACCAACGCGUUUGCUGUUCGGCUGCAUUGAAACGGUCAUUGGAAAGCCCGCUGAUAUUCGGAAUUUAAAAUCGUUCGAGCAGUCCAAGAUCGAGAAAUAGAAGGAGAAAAAACAUCAGCGUAGCCGCGCUCUACUUAAGGGAGGAAAGGGAUUGGCAAAUAGGCGGCAAUAUUUUGCUCGAGUCGUCGUCUCAAUUACCUGUCCGAUAAUUCAGGAGUAAUUCGUUUCAUUUCGAUUCCGACAUCUUCUUGGAAUAAUUGAGACGUUCUAGACACGACUGUCCCGCCAACCGUGCAGACCACUCCAUCGACUCUGUCGACGAAAAACGAACGAGAAAAAUUCGAGAUCGUCCCUUGGAACGAUUCGAAGAGAGAACAAGAUUCCCUGGGGUGGAAAUGUCUGUCCAUCGAGCGACAGCGGAAGAGUUGAAGCCGAAUCAGAAUCGUUAAAGCCACGCACGCGACAGUCGCCGAACCCAGUCGUUGAGAAUCGAACCGGAAGCGCCGAGCGUUGUCGCGUCAAUCGUUCGUCUUGUACCGUUGCCGAUGGAAUAUAGGUAAAAGCGGGGGCUCAAAAGAUGGCGAUAGGUGGAGGAUCGUCAGCGUAAUAGACGACCGUGUGUCGUUCGAAACUGCUAGACCCUUCGUACACCGAUCAACAGAAAAUUUGCCCCCAAUAUAUUAGAUAUGACAAUAUCGGCGUCUACCGAAAGGAUGGAGACCACGAAAGACCUGCCGAAGAAGAAGCUUAUCAACACCAAUCUCCUAUCGUUGAAGCUCCUAUUAUUUCUCUUCUUUGGUGGAAUGGGCUGUCUUUUCCCAUUUCUCCCGUUGCAUAUGAUGGAAAUGGGAUUGACCAUCGAGCAGAUCCAAGUGAUCUCGAUGAUCUCGCCGGCAGUGGCGAUCGUGGGACCCCUGAUCGCCAGUCCCAUCGCCGACAAGCUGGCGGGUCAUCAGGGUGGAACCAACAAGAUCUCGACUGGUCGUUAUCUGAGAGUGAUGAUCGCGAUCGCCUGUAUCUUGUCUGCAGUUUUCUAUACGUUCCUUCUGGUCAUUGACGUGGAUCACGUCGAGCUGCCUAGAGGAAGGAGACCCGGGCUCAAGUUCAACUGCGAUCAAACGGGCGCGCUGGUGUUGCAAGAGCGGUGCAAGGACCAUUUCUCUUGUCACAGGUGGUCCGACGAGAGCAAGGUCGGGCAGUUGCUUCUCGAGGACUGCACUUACGCUUGCUACCCGACCGGGUCGAAGCGAUGGCGCGCCGACGACGAGGACGUUUCCACCGCUGAGACCACCGAAUCGAGUAUUCCUUUCUAUGGAAGCGGUGACUCCACGGUCAUUCCUCUGGAGCAGGAAAUGUAUCAGCAGGAUCAAGAAGAAUACAAGAAGUCUCGAAGAUUCGCAAUGGCCGGCAGCGAGCCUCCUCAUCUCUGCUUCAACGAGAGCGACAAUGUGGUGUGCCACGUGUACACCGAGUACACCGGCACCUUGUCCGUGAACACCACUCUAGGUCAACCUCUGAAAAACGAAAGCGACAGAGAAUGGUGUGCGUAUCCUCUGUCCGAGUAUUUUGCUUGUCGCAUACCGUCCAAACUGAAGGCCAGAAUGGCUGAGGUUAAUAAGACCUGCUCCAUCAAAUGCGACUUGGUCGACGCGUACAUCCUCCCAGAUAGUAUCUUCGCAGAGAGCCAAUGCCAACGAACAGAAGAUUUGUCGUAUCUAGUCUUCUGGACGUACUUGGCUAUUCGAUCGGUCGCCGAUAUUUUUCCAACGACGGCCGUAGGGCUGAUCGACGCCGCGGUGGUGAUAGCAACGAGAGAAACAUCCUGCGGACGCGGUGACGUGGGUCGUCAAUUAGCUUUCGGCUCUCUGGGAUUUGCUAUUUUUGGUCCUCUGACCGGCUACCUAUGCACUUUGGUAGAACACCUAAAUUUUUUCUAUUACCUGCCGAUUGCUCUGCACGCGACUAUGAUGCUUCUAGCAGCCCUCGUUGCCAUUUGUGCGAACGGUAUGCCGCUGAGUCCGCCAGAAUGGUGGUGGCAUACGAGAAGCGGCAUGCUGGCGCUUCCCAUGAGCGCUAUUAAAAGGUACGGCAGCGAGACCGCUGUUCUGGUCAUCAUUCUUAUCGUCAUGGGGACCUUCUGGAGCGCCAUGGACAGUUAUCUGCCAUUACAUUUGCAAAGAUUAGGGGGCAACGAGUUUCCCAUUGGCGUGGCUAUGACCGUAGGAGCAGUGCCGGCUUUCUUGUUUCUUUGGAAAUCUGAGCAUCUGGUGGACUAUUGCGGUCAUAGUAAUCUUCUCAUCACUGCCUUUACCGUCUACAUAAUUAGAUUUACUGGCUUGAGCCUUGUCUCAGGACCUUGGUGGUCCUUGAUUUCAGAGGCCCUAGAAGUGUUCACUCUUGGGAUUAUGUGGGUUACCGCCAUCCUCUACCUUCGGCAUCUUGUGCCGCGACAUUUAACCGUAACUGCCCAGGCGCUACCUGUAAUCGCUCAUUUCUGCAUCGGUCGAUGCAUCGGAGCCGUGAUUGGUGCUUACAUAAACGUAGACGAUUCUGAUAUCGUAGACUCGUUGAGAUUCGUUUAUCAUUACAUGGCAGUAGCGGCUGCAGCAGUCGCUGCCUUAUACUUUGUCCUGUAUCAUGGCCUAUUGAAGCCGCGUUGUCAUGCUCACACUAUUCAGGGUCCUCGGCAACCCCCUACAGUUGUGCAAGCAAUGAACGGAAAUGGGAAUUACACACCGCUCAGAGUCUACCACAACGGUAUGGGCAGAAAAGGUCAAUUCCGAUAUUAAGGAUUAAGAUUGGAUUAAGAAAAA